UUGGUUUAUUGUAGGUUUAUACAAUCGGCAGCGCGGGAACAGUUCGCAGCGUGUUGGUUUAGUUAGAAACAUGGAUCCUUCAGAAGUCGAGUUCCUUGCCGAGAAAGAGUUAGUGAAGAUAAUACCAAAUUUCAGCCUGGAUAAAAUCUAUUUGAUUGGGGGAGACUUGGGUCCCUUCAACCCUGGACUGCCUAUUGACGUUCCGGUGUGGCUGGCUCUAAACUUAAAACAGAGACAGAAAUGUAGAAUAGUUCCCCCUGAGUGGAUGGAUAUCGAGAAACUGGAGGAGAUGAGAGAGCUUGAGAGACAAGAGGAUACCUUUACAUCUGUUCCCAGUCCUUAUUACAUGGAGCUGACCAAGCUGUUACUGAACCAUGCGUCUGACAACAUUCCUAAAGCAGAUGAGAUCCGCACGCUGGUCAAGGACAUCUGGGACACUCGGAUCGCCAAACUCCGCCUGUCUGCUGACAGUUUCAUCAGUCAGCAGGAGGCUCAUGCCAAGCUGGACAACCUUACUCUGAUGGAGAUCAACACCAUACGAGCGUUCCUUCUCGAUUCUCUCAACUGCAUGUACAAACUGCGCUCCAAUCUGCAGCCUGGCUCCAGUAAGGGGCAGUUCAUGGAUUACUGAUCCCAAACAUCAUGGCCUGUUGAACUGAUUGGGACCUAGCCUGAAGAAAGCCUUGGGUCAGUCAUACUAUGGUUUCUGCUUGCCAGUCAAGCCUUGUAUUACUGGAAAGACUAUGUAUCUGCAAUUUGUGAUAAGUGCAUAUUUAAUUGAAUUGAAAUGGUAUUUUUUUAAGUACAUGACUAAAUAAUUGUGUGCAUGUGUAUGUAUUAAUAUAUCUGGUGUGUAUUUUCCUUACAUUUUUAAUGUCUAAUUGUAUGUAUCUUUUUUUUGUUGUUUGUUCAUGUAUAAACUUAGCACAAAGAAAUGAGGAAAUGUGUGUUUGGUUGAUUAUUUGUCCCUUUUAAUAACUGGUGUCGCAUUAUACAUUAGAAAUUGAGGGACCUUAACCCACUGUUAACUGUUCCUGAGUGUCAUAAUAAGGUGUGACACUACUCCUUGUGCAACUAGAAUGGGUAAAAUGCAGAGCAACAAUUUCCCAGUGGGCAUGAAUACAUAACACAUUAUUAUAACUUGUAAAAAUCAAGCUUCUGUGGAAUGGGCAACACAGCUAAAUGUGUGGGUAGUGCCCCAGAAAAAUGUGCCAAAAUCUCCUUCAAUAUUCUCCUGUUGGUAUUCACUCGUGCUUUGAUUAGAUGCCAGUCACACAUCUGCGGUAGCACAUACCUGGCAGCACUUGAAUCUCAAAACAGGAGUGAAUACAGUACCAACAGGAAAGUGAUUUGGGUCACUACCCAGACAUUUAGCUGUUGCUCAAUCUACAAAUGCACAAUUCUUACAAGUUAUACCUCAUUGUUAAGGUUACUAAUUAAGCUUUCCAGCUAUGUAUUAUACAGUACUGCUUGGUAUUAUUUAUAGGAAGAAAUAAUCCAAACACAGUUCCUUAAAUUUCUUUUGCUAUGUUUAUCACUGAUCUUCACCGGAGGUGUUUUGCAGGUUAACUUUCUUAAUACCUUAACUAGCAAAGAAAAGCCACAUAACGGAAAUAUAAAAUGGUAUUUUCAUCUUAAUAUAGAUAUGUUGGAUACAUUUCCACUUAAGACUUUUACAGAUCUUAAGACAAAAAAGUAAUCCUCAAGUUAAGAUAAGACAUACUUUAUUUAAGUUGCCCAUCAUACCAGCACCCACAAACAAAGUUUGAUAUUUAACAUUUUUGAAGUAUUUUAUUCUCUUUUUUAUCUGAAAUCACAGCCAUAUAUUCAUAAAUACCUAAUUACUACAUUCAACAAAGAAUAUAUUACAUUACAAUGAAUUCAAACAAGUACAUUUUAAAAACAGGAUUUCACAGCAUCUAGACAUCCUCCACUGAGUAACGGGGCUAUUGCAUGGGCGUGCGUGGGUUGGAGACACAGGGAGGCUGAGUAAGAGGCUUCUCUUACUGCACCUUCCUCCCCAGCUAAUUGGCAGCUUACCUAAGCAUGCAUGCUCCCUCAUUUACUGACAGGCUGCACUGUUGGCUCUUGACUGCUGUGUAAAAAGAGAAGUACACUCUGUAUUCCUCUGAUCUGGCUUAGGCCUCAUUGAUAAAAUAAAA